AUGAAUCUUUGUCUUCUAAAAAACUUAAAUGAUUAAAUAAUCCUUUAAGUUGCAUCAUAAAUAUAUAGGAAUGAUUUAAAAUGCGUUAGCUAUUUUCCAAAUAGAAAUCAACCACAGUUUUUAGACAUAUUAGAAAUAUAAUUAAUUUAGUUGCAUAACUUAAGUAUAUUACGUUUAGCUUGCUUGUUUUAAUAAUGCUAUUCAAAAUCAUAAUUAAAUAUCGUUUUAAAUAAAAGAUAAGAAAAUAAAAUUAUUUUAUUCUUAAAUUAUUCAUCUGAAAUUGAUGAUAUUUUUUAGGGUAGGAUAAUGUUUUUUAACGCAAUUCGGAAUCAUUGUUUAAAUAUAAUAUAAUUAAAAUUUAUCAUUCGUUAAAGUGUAUCAUCAUAAGAAAGGCGUUUUUGGAUUAAUGACAAUAACAUUAGGCUCUAAUUGUUUAUAAAAAUAACUAAAAUUCGUAUUUUAAAAAUAAACUAGUAUGAUUAUGCCAUUAAUAUUCAUGCUUUGAAUAGCAAUUAUAGAGCAAAAUGCAUUAAGAAUGCAAAAUAUUUAAGUCUAUUAUAAAAUUUAUCUUAAAGAUUAUCAAUAUCUAGUUAUUAAUAAGAAAUACUUUGA